UGCACCGUUAUUCCACGGGACGCGCUGCGUGGGCUCAACACAGCGCCUCGGACUCUGCGCUCUAACUUUGGAUAAACUUUGGGUUUUUACGCAUCGCGGGGGCGCGCCACGGAGCUUCUGUUUGUGCGUGUGUUGCUUUCCCGUGGAGUUGAAGUGAAACUUUUUUGUUGUUGUUCCUGAUCUGCAGGAAUCAUUGUCUCCAUUCAGAGGAUUUAGUUGCAGUGGAGGAGCGCGCAGCAGCAGCAGCAGCAGCAGCGGGAUCGAAUAACGCUCCUGUGGAAAAGUUUGGGACAGUGAAGACGCGCGGAAAGGAGCUGUUGCUGCGUUUCUCAUUGAGUUCUCUCCUUUUGCACAAUGCUUUAGUGGCUUUGCAACUUGUGUGAAGUGGAUGCAUCGUCCGGCAUGGACUCUGUCUGAGAACGCUGGACUGGCUCACUGACCAUGGCGCACGCAGGUAGGAGUUUAAGCCGGUUUCACUUGGUUCUGCUGACGCUGUGGACUCUGUCGCGCGACUCCGCGUCCAGCCAAGUGCGCCAAGAGUUCCAGGUCCUGGAGGAGCAGCCCGUCGGCACCUACGUGGGCCAGAUCGAGACCAAGCCCAGCUUCACGUACCGCUUCAGCGAGAGCCACAGACUUUUCGCCAUCAACGGCACCACGGGGGUCAUCUACGCCUCCUCCGUGAUUGACAGGGAGGUUCUGCAGAGUGAUGUCAUCAACGUGGUGGUGCUGUCCAGCCAGCCCACGUACCCCACCGAGGUCCGGAUAGUCGUGUUGGAUAUUAACGAUAACUCGCCGGUUUUCCCGGACGCGUCCAUCGUCGUGUCUUUCAAGGAGGACGCGAGCAGCGGCAGGCAGGUGAUCCUGGACACCGCCACCGACGCAGACAUUGGGAGUAACGGCGUGGACCACACCACGUACAGAAUAGUGAAAGGCAACGAGCGCAGGAGGUUCCGCCUGGAUAUUACAGUCAAUCCGAGCGGAGAGGGCGCGUUCCUGCACCUGGUCUCAACCGGAGGCUUGGACAGGGAGGUGACCCCCUUCUACCAGCUCCUGGUCGAGGUGGAGGACAAAGGGGACCCGAAAAAGUUUGGCUACCUGCAAGUAAACGUCACCAUUCAGGACAUAAACGACAACCCCCCUGUGUUUGAUCAAGACCAGUAUCAGACCAGUGUGUAUGAGGAUGCAGCAGUAGGCUCCAGUGUCCUCCAGAUCACAGCGUCAGACCAGGAUGAGGGAGCUAAUGCUGAAAUCAGGUACUUUUUGGAUGAGGGGACGCCGUUCCAAAUUGACCCCAAAGUUGGUAUUAUUACUAUAAAGGAGGGUUUGGAUUAUGAGAGUAAGAAAGAGUAUUCCCUGACUAUUCACGCUGUAGAUAACGGCGUGCCGUCUCUGUCCGGCAGAACAGAAGCCACGAUAAAACUGUUAGACGUGAACGAUAAUGACCCCGUGGUGAAGUUUAGGUAUUUCCCCACCACGUCCAAGUUUGCCUCGGUGGACGAGAACGCUCAGAUCGGCACGGUCGUGGCUCUGCUCACCGUCUCAGACACCGACUCCUCCACAGCUAAUGGCAACAUAUCCGUUUCAAUCUUAGGCGGCAACGAGCAGCGGCACUUUGAAGUGCAGGCGUCUCCCGUGCCCAAUUUGAGUCUGAUCAAAGUGGCCAGCGUGUUAGACAGAGAGAGAAUCUCCUCGUACAACCUGACCGUGUCGGUGUCAGACAACGGCAAGCCCGUGGCGCGCUCCUCCUUUGCCAGUUUGGUUAUUUUUGUGAAUGAUAUCAACGAUCACCCGCCCAUAUUUCAGGAAACACUGUACAGAGUAGAUAUCAGUGAAGACAUUCCAAAAGGCAGCUACAUUAAAGGGGUUUCUGCAACAGAUGGCGACUCUGGGCAGAAUGCCAACCUGCGCUACUCCCUGGUGUCUGGAAACGCUUUGGGCUGGUUUUCCAUCAGUGAAAACAGUGGUCUGGUUACCAGUGCAGCUUUGCUGGAUAGAGAAGUAGCAUCUGAAAUAGUACUUAACAUUAGUGCCAAAGACCAGGGGCUGCAGCCCAAGAUUUCAUACACUAAACUGAUAAUCAACAUCACUGACGUGAACGACCAAGUGCCCACAUUCACCCAGAGCACGUAUCACGUUUCCCUGGUGGAGCACGCUCCCGCUGGCACUGAGCUGGCGCUGCUGUCUGCGUCAGACGACGACCUCGGGGCCAACGGUACUAUCCGGUUCUCGUUUGAUGCAGAGACUCCAGCCAGUGUCCGGGAGCUGUUUCGCCUGGAUGCUGCGUCGGGGCGAUUAAGCACAGCCGUGGAGCUAGACAGAGAGGAUCAGGCCUCCUACUUACUGCAUGUGCAGGCAGCAGAUGCGGGCAGCCCCCCUCUGCACUCUGUAGGAAAAGUCAACAUCACCCUGAGGGAUAUCAAUGACAAUAGGCCAGUUUUCUACCCGGUGCAGUAUUUUGCCAAUGUGAAAGAAAAUGAGCCCUCGGGUUCUUAUGUCACCACAGUUUCAGCCACAGAUCCCGAUUUAGGUCGAAACGGCACAGUCAAAUAUAUAAUCACGGCCGGAGACGCUUCCAAAUUCCGCAUUAAUAGCAACACGGGGAAAAUUACCACUCUAGUGGCUCUGGAUAGAGAGGAGAAAACUGCUUACCAGCUGCAGGUGACAGCAGCAGAUGGCGGCGGCCUGCGCUCACACACGCAGGCCAUCGUGACUGUAACUGUCAUAGACACACAGGACAACCCGCCCGUCUUCAGUCAGAGAGUCUACAGCUUUGUCAUGUUUGAAAACGUAGGCGCUGGGGCGGUGAUUGGCACCGUGUCGGCCACGACGGUCGACUUAAACACUAAUAUCUCAUAUCUCAUCACCUCGGGAGACCAAAGGGGGCUCUUUGCCGUAAACAGCGCGGGUCAGAUCACAGCAUCCAGUCAGAUAGACAGAGAGGAGCAGGGCUUUUAUCAGCUGAAAGUUGUGGCCAGAGCAGGGGAGAUCACAGGGGAGGCUUUUGUUAACAUCACCGUGAAGGACUUAAAUGACAAUGCCCCUCGUUUCAUUCACGCUGUGGAGCACGUGAGUGCCGUGGAAAACUGGAGCACAGGCCAUGUCAUAUUCCAGGCCAGGGCUGCGGAUCCUGACGAGGGCCUGAAUGGCAUGGUGGUCUACAGCCUCAAACAAAACCCAAAAGGACUGUUUCAUAUUCAUGAGAAGCGAGGCCUCAUCACACUGACUGGGCCACUGGAGGUCACCACGAGCUCUUACGAGGUGGAGGUCACUGCAUCAGACAUGGGGGUCCCUCAGCACACGUCCAGCCUCGUCCUCAUCGUCAGUGUUUACGACGUGAACGACAACUCGCCGGUGUUCGACCAGCUCUCGUACGAGGUCAUCAUCCUGGAGUCGGAGCCGGUCAACAGCCGCUUUUUCAAAGUGGAGGCCACCGACAAAGACUCGGGUCUGAACGGGGAGAUAAUGUACGACGUCGCCGGCGGCAACGUAGGCGACGUGUUUGGCAUUUUUCCAGACGGACAGCUGUACAUCAAAACAGAGCUGGACAGAGAAGUGCAGGACAGAUAUAACUUAGUGGUCGUGGCCAAGGACAGAGCUGUGGAGCCGCUCAGCGCCACUGUCAACGUCACUGUGAUUCUGGACGACGUGAACGACAAUCGGCCCCUGUUCAACAGCACCAAUUAUGUGUUUCACUUUGAGGAGGAGCAGACGCGGGGGUCGCUGGUCGGGCGGGUUUUUGCCGAGGAUAAGGACUUUGGUCCAAACAGUGAGGUCAGAUAUACAUUUGAGACUCCGCAGCCCAACUUUGAGCUGAACACCAUCACAGGGGAGUUAAGCAGCACGCUGCAGUUGGACCGCGAGUUGCUCAUGAGACAAAGAGGCGCCGCCGUGUUCAGCUUUGUGGUCGUCUCGUCGGACCAGGGUCUCCCCAGGCCCCUCAGAGACCAGGCCAAAGUGCAAGUUUACAUUCAAGACAUCAACGACAACACGCCUAAAUUCACCAAAGACAUUUACCAGGCCUCCAUCUCAGAGUCGGCACAGAACAUGACACAGCUGCUCAGAGUCUCUGCCUCUGAUGUGGACGAGAACAAAAAUGGACUGGUUCAAUAUCUCAUCACCGAGGGCAACGAAGAGGGACAGUUUUUGAUUGACGGCAGCUCCGGACAGGUCACCCUAGUGGGAAAGCUGGACUAUGAAUCUACAUCCUCUUAUUCUUUGAAAAUCAUAGCUGCUGAUGCUGGAGCGGUGCCCCUGUCCUCCUCCUGCAUGCUCAGCAUCAGCAUCCUGGAUGAGAAUGACAACUCCCCCUCCUUCCCUAAAUCCUCCCUGUCUGUGGACGUCUUAGAGAACAUGAGGAUCGGGGAGUUGGUGGCAUCUGUGACAGCCACCGAUGCGGAUUCAGGCCAAAACGCAGACAUAACGUACAGCAUCACAGCCACAAACAACCACGGCACGUUCAGCAUCAGCCCCAACACCGGCAGCAUCUUUCUGGUGAAAAGGCUGGACUUUGAAACGCAGUCGUUUUACAAGCUCAACAUCACUGCAAAGGACAAUGGCAGGCCGCAGCGCUCCUCAUCCAUCCCCGUAGUGAUUCAAGUCAGGGACUUUAAUGACAAUCCUCCCAUAUUUACUCCCGGUGACAUCUUCAAAUCCAUCCCGGAGAAUCUUCCCGUUUCCUCCUCAGUCAUGAUGAUUACGGCUCAUGACACGGACGCAGACAUCAACGGGGAGCUGGAGUACUCCAUCGUUCAGCAGAUCCCUCGGGGGAGCCACUUCAACAUUGACUCGAGCACUGGGCUCAUUGUCACCAACAGAGAAAUAGACAGGGAAUUCUCCAACCUGUUUGAGCUGACCGUCAAAGCCACAGAUCAGGCUUUUCCUGUGGAAUUCCGCCGCUUUGCCCUGAAAAAUGUCACAAUAUGGGUCACGGACCUGAACGACAACGUCCCCACUUUCCUGUCACAGAACGCCCUCGUGGCCGAGCCCAACAUAGUCAUCGGCUCCAUCCUGACAACAGUGGUGGCCUUUGACCCCGAUGAGGGGGAAAACGGGGAGGUGGAGUACGAGCUCGUGGAAGGAGACUCAGACACCUUCAUCAUGGACAGGUACAGUGGGGACAUUCGCCUGGCCUCCCAGCUGGUACCCUCCCGGCUCAUGUACACGCUCACGGUGUCGGCCACUGACCACGGCAUGAACCGCAAGACCUCCAGGACAGAGAUGACCAUCAUCCUUCAAGGGCUGGACGGGCCCGUGUUCUCCCAGCCCAAAUACAUCACCAUCCUUAAAGAGGGCCAGCCGCCGGGCACCAAUGUCAUCUCCCUCGAUGCCUCCAGCCCACGGGGCUCCGCCAGCAGAGUGGAGUAUUUCAUCGUGGCGGUGCGGAGUGGUGGGAAAGCCGUGGGGCGCCUUUUCACCAUCGGCCGCAACACUGGAGUGAUACAGACGGCGGCGGAGCUGGACCGAGAGAAGGGCUCCGACCUCUACCUGGUGGAUGUGUACGCCAUCGAGAGCGACGCCAACCAGCCCAGAACACAGCGUGCUGAGGUCAGUGCUCUGCUAACUCUUUUUUUUCCCCCUACAGACACUGGAAAGCCACCUAUUCAAAUCUAA